AAAAUAUUGUUUUUCUUUAAAAAUAAAAAUAAAAAUCAUAUCUUUACAUAUCUCAUUACUUAAAAUAUUAAAUUUCAACGGUUCUUUUAAUUCUUCUUAAUCAAGAAAUGUUUCUUUAUAAAUAAAAAACCCCCUAAACUCUUUUUCCCAAAUUCACAGUCAAUUCUCAAAAUUGGAACCCUAAAAAAAUGUAUAGCAGAGGCGAUUUGGUGGAAGUUUGCAGCAAAGAAUCUGGGUUCGUGGGAUCAUACUAUGAAGCUUCAAUCGUAUCUCAAUUGAGGAAAGAUCUGUUCGUUGUUAUGUACAAGAAUCUGGUGGAAGGGGUUGUAAAUACUCAACCUUUAGUCGAAACAGUGAGACUCGAUGAACUCCGACCGGUGCCGCCGCCGGCACCGGAGAAUGAUGAGAAAGAGUAUGGGUAUCUUGAUUUGGUGGAUGCUUGGGAUAAUGAUGGUUGGUGGGUUGGAAGAAUUUCUGGGAGGAAAGAGAAUGGUGAUUACUUUGUUUACUUCGAAAUCUGUGGUGAUGAGAUUGCUUAUCCUGUUUCCAGAUUGAGAGUUCAUCUUGAUUGGGUUAAGAAGAAGUGGGUUUCUUCUGAUAAUAAAAAGGGAAGGAAGCAGAAAAGGAGGAGAUUGAAUACAAGUGAAAACAACAACAACAUCAACUGCAGCAGUGUUAAUUAGUUUGAUUAUUAUUAUAACUAUGUAAAUGAUAGUAUAGUAUACAGUUGAAGAGAUUUGUUUGGUGGUGUUUUAAUCUUUAGUUAAAAUCUAUUGGGCAUAUCAGAAUAGUGUGUAAUUUGUUUUUUUUUUUUUGAGUUGUUAAUAGAAUGAAGGUGUUUUUUUGUUUUUAUGGUUGUGAAAUGUUUCUUAAAGAAAGCUAAUAAGAGAAACUUUUAUUGUAGUGAAAACAACAAAAGUCAAUAUAAGUAAAGAGAAUGGUUGAUUUCAA